GCGCGCCCGCGCAGUGGCCCCUCAGGUACGCGGACAAAAUGGCGGCGGUAGCGGGGGACAGCGCUAUGGAGGUGGUGCCGGCGCUGGCCGAAGAGGCCGCGACCGAAGCGACGGGCCCCAGCUGCCUGGUGCAGCUGCCCGGCGAGGUGCUGGAGUACAUCCUUUGCAGCGGCUCCCUCACCGCGCUGGACAUCGGCCGCGUGUCCAGCACCUGCCGUCGCCUGCGCGAGGUGUGCCAGAGCAGCGGCCAGGUGUGGAAGGAGCAGUUCCGGGUGAGGUGGCCCUCCCUGAUGAAGCACUACAGUCCCACUGACUACGUCAAUUGGUUAGAGGAAUAUAAAGUUCGGCAGAAAGCUGGCUUAGAAGCCCGGAAGAUUGUAGCCUCCUUCUCCAAACGGUUCUUUUCAGAGCACGUUCCUUGUAACGGCUUUAGUGACAUUGAAAACCUUGAGGGUCCAGAGAUAUUUUUUGAGGAUGAGCUGGUGUGCAUCCUAAACAUGGAAGGAAGGAAAGCUUUGACCUGGAAAUACUACGCAAAGAAAAUCCUUUACUACCUGCGGCAGCAGAAAAUCCUCAACAACCUCAAAGCUUUCCUGCAGCAGCCGGAUGACUACGAGUCCUAUCUUGAAGGUGCCGUUUACAUUGACCAGUACUGCAACCCUCUUUCUGACAUCAGCCUCAAAGACAUCCAGGCCCAGAUCCACAGCAUUGUGGAGCUUGUGUGCAAAACCCUCCGUGGUAUCAACAGCCGACAUCCCAGCCUGACCUUCAGGGCAGGUGAAUCCUCCAUGAUAAUGGAGAUAGAACUCCAGAGCCAAGUGCUGGACGCCAUCAACUAUGUCCUAUAUGACCAGCUGAAGUUCAAAGGGAACCGCAUGGACUACUACAAUGCCUUGAACCUGUACAUGCACCAGGUGUUGACCCGCAGAACAGGGAUCCCCAUCAGCAUGUCUCUGCUUUACCUGACCAUCGCCCGGCAGCUGGGGGUCCCCCUGGAGCCUGUCAACUUCCCAAGCCACUUCCUGCUGAGGUGGUGCCAAGGCGCAGAAGGGGCAACCCUGGACAUCUUCGACUACAUCUACAUCGAUGCUUUUGGGAAGGGCAAGCAGCUGACUGUGAAGGAGUGUGAGUACCUGAUCGGCCAGCAUGUGACAGCAGCGCUCUAUGGCGUGGUGAAUGUGAAGAAAGUGCUGCAGCGCAUGGUGGGCAACCUGCUGAGCCUGGGCAAGAGGGAAGGCAUUGACCAGUCCUACCAGCUCCUCAGAGACUCCUUGGACCUGUACCUGGCGAUGUACCCAGACCAGGUGCAGCUCCUGCUCCUCCAGGCCAGACUCUACUUCCACCUGGGCAUCUGGCCAGAGAAGUCUUUCUGUCUUGUCUUGAAGGUGCUUGACAUCCUCCAGCACAUCCAGACCCUCGACCCGGGGCAGCACGGGGCGGUGGGCUACCUAGUACAGCACACGCUAGAGCACAUUGAGCGCAAGAAGGAGGAGGUGGGCGUGGAGGUGAAGCUGCGCUCUGAGGAGAAGCACAGGGAUGUCUGCUACUCCAUUGGGCUCGUUAUGAAGCACAAGAGGUAUGGCUACAACUGUGUGAUCUAUGGCUGGGACCCCACCUGCAUGAUGGGGCACGAGUGGAUCCGGAACAUGAACGUCCACAGCCUGCCGCACGGCCACCAUCAGCCCUUCUACAACGUGCUGGUGGAGGACGGCUCCUGCAGAAAACCUGGAAUACAACGUGGAGCCUCAGGAAAUCUCGCACCCGGAUGUGGGACGCUACUUCUCAGAGUUCACAGGCACACACUACAUCCCAAAUGCAGAGCUGGAGAUCCGGUACCCCGAGGACCUGGAGUUUGUGUACGAGACAGUGCAGAACAUUUACAAUGCAAAGGAGGACACAGCCGAGUAGACUCAGGGGAUGUUACAUCUUUGCUGCUUCUGCUGCUACCUUCUAGGGGAACAGGAUUCCUGAAGGACAUGUGCUGCUCCCCCUGGAGUCAGCACAGGACAGCCACUUCACCAGCAGCCCUGGCUGCCUCCCCAGUUUAGAUGGUGUGUGCUCCUCCGGCCACAGAGACAGCGUUGCUCUCCGCUACACUAGUGAAUCAGUUGAAAGGCACCGUGUCCAGUGGCAUGGCUCGUCUGCUUGUCCCGUGGUGACAGUGUGUGACAUUCUGUCUUCAUGAGGUCUCACCGUCCACACUGCUCUUUCAUCCCCUUCGUAUCCCUGUCUCCAUCUACACUGUGUCAGCGUUUCUCCGGCUGGACAGACGGGGUCCAUGUUUCCUGCUCCCUGGCACAUGGGCGUGCCCUGAGUCAGGACUGCCUGCCCCUUUCCUUGAGUUUGGUUGUACUCAGAUAAAGGCGUAGGGAUGGGAGUCAGAAUGAUUAGAAUUAUUAUUUUAUUUUUUUGCUAAUACAUGAAACACAGACUUCAAGUGUCCCCCCCCCCUUUUUUUCUUUUAACUUAAAUUGGACACUGACAGCUUCUCCCUUCUCUCCCGCUGGGUCUGUGCCCGCUUGUGCCCGUCAUGAGCUUCUGUCAUGUUACAUUGGUUCUCUGAGCAGAUGCACAGCAAUGGCCUGAGUGCUGUUCUCCACAUUCGUCAGCUGCUCCUUUAGGAAGACUGCUCCUUGUUUAGCCUUGGGAAUCCACUCCAGUGUCAUGAGUGGAUCCUAAGUUAUGGUCUGUUUCAGUAGUGAGGCCUGCAGAUGAAAAUUGCCCUUAAAACUUGUACCUACUGGUCCCCAAAAACUUCUGGUCAGGAGAAUUAACUGAAAAAGCCUAACCAGGGGAAACAGGUUUCAUGCCCUUGUCACUCCUUAGACUCAUAUCCAGACCCUCCAUUUUGAGAGUGUUGGGCUUGUGAGAAAAGGCAUGCAUGCUUUGGGCUUCAGGCUGCCAGUCUUAAGGCUCCAGGACACUGGCUCCAGAAUGAGGUCUAGCCUUGGAUCAUCCCUGGCUUCUUUCUGCCUGAUGCUGUGAGUGUGAAGGGACUGAGCCUUUAGCAGGUCCCAGCGGGUGCCACCUGGUUCUCAGGCGAGCUGUCCUGUAGGAACUCACCCAAUGGGCUGACAGCACUUCCGCCCUGCGUUUAGAAUAAUGUUGCUCUAGAGUAUGGGGCCCCAGAGGGCUGCCUGCCAUGCGCGCCUGCCUACCUUCUGCAUGUGCAUCCUCACGCCACUUCAGAUGACUGUUCCCUCCUCGAUUGCCCUCCACCACCCCAGGAUGGCUGAGGGAGACCCUUAGGCAGUCUCCAAAAGGCUGGGAAGCCUGAGGCUCUUGCAGCAGCCGAUAGGCUCUUUCUUGUCCUGUCUGUGCCUCACCCAUCACAGCCACUCAGCGGCUUUGCACUCGAAUUUGGGAUUUGACCACUCAGAGCAUCUGCCUGAGGUUGGGGGAUUUUAUUUACACCUACUCACUAAAAGGAGAAAAUCAACCCACAAGGAUUCACACCCUUGCAUCCCAGUACUAAGCCACAGAGCAUGCUGGGAGUUUCAUUGCUAGGCUUCUUUGAUUUCUUUUUUUUCCAUAGAGAAACGUCAAAGUUGAGAAAGAUGGCUUUCCUCCCUGACCUGACUGUAAAUAUGUACCUAGACUGUUUUUAAAUGUGUUUCUUCACGAAGGCUUCGUUUGGCUGAGGAAGCCUGUAUCACCUGUGUAAGUUGGUAUUUGGGCACUUUAUAUUUUUCUAAAAAUGUGUUUUGGAUCCUGUACUCUAAUAAAUCAUAAGUUUCUUUUUAAAAAAUUUUCCAAAAGUUUUCUCCAUUUUAAAAAACCUUGUUAUGAAAAGUAGAACUUUCACAAUGUUAAAUUUGCUAAAGAUUUGAUUAUAGCAACUUCUAAUGAAUGCCAAGGUUUGGGGGUUUUUUGUUUUAUUUUGUUUUUGGGGGGUUUUUUGUUUUUGUUUUUUUUUUUUCUUUUUGUACAACAAUUAAUAAAUGAACUUACCAAGAGAAACCACA